AUGGAAGUCUCCGACGGAGCUUCGAACCGACCCGAACCGGGCUUCAGGGCGGAGAUCGACACAUCGGCGCCGUUUGAAUCGGUGCGGGAAGCCGUCACGCGAUUCGGCGGCGUUGGGUAUUGGAAACCUAUUCUUAAUGGUCUUGGCACUAAGCACUUCGUGCCUGAGCCGCACCAUACAGAAGAGCCUGACCCCGGAAAACUUGAGGAGCAAGCUGCUGUAUUGGAGAAAGAGCUGAUCCUGAAGGAAAGGGAAACUCUUGAUGUCUUGAAAGAGUUGGAAAGUACCAAAAGGCUUGUGGAGAAUUUGAAAUCAAAGCUACAGAAAGAAGAAUCUGAAGUGAAAUUGAAUUUUCAAAUGAGUUUGUGCAAUGAUAUAUCUACUGUUAAGGAGGAUGAGAAAGAAGAUAAGGAAAACCAAGUGAGUAAUGUUGUUCAGGAUUUGAUAGAAGGUUGUAUCCCCUAUCCUUCAUCGGCCCCAGGUUUAAUAUUAAUGGAAUUGAAGCAAGCCAAAUUGAAUCUGAACCAAACCACAAGUGAUAUUGCUGAUGUUCGUGCAUCUGUUGAAUCACUCAAUAAGAAGUUGGAGAAGGAAAGACUAUCUCUUGAGAAAACACGGGAGAGGUUAACUCAAAAUUCUUCAAAGAUAUGCUGUCUUGAGGAAGAGCUAAACCAGACAAAACUAAAACUGCUAGUGGCAAAAGAUGCCAGUUCGGAUAACCCUUCAGAUAUUACAAAAGAGCUCCAGCGACUAAGUUCUGAGGCAGAGCAUUUCAAGAAUAUGGGAGAAGCUGCUAAAUCAGAAGUCUUGAAAGCAAUGUCUGAGAUUGAACAGACAAAAGCUAUGAUAAAAACUGCUGAAAUCAGGUUAGUUGCUGCCCGGAAAAUAAAGGAAGCUGCUAGAGCUGCAGAAGCUGCUGCCCUUGCAGAGAUUAAAGCUUUAUCUCAUCAUGAUAAUUCACUUGGAGAGUGUAUGCAAAAGCACGAUGGAGUUACCCUUUCCUUUGAAGAGUACACUGCACUAACCUACAAGGCGCGAGAGGCCGAGGAACAUUCAAAGAAGAGAGUUGUGGAUGCUAUGCUUCUAGUUGAUGAAGCAAAUGUAUCAAAAAUGGGCAUUUUGAAGAAGGUAGAGGAAGCCACAGAAGAAGUUAAAACCAGCAGGAAGGCCCUUGAGGAAGCUCUAGAAAGGGUAGAGGCUGCAAAUCUAGGAAAGUUAGCAGUUGAAGAGGCGUUAAGGAAGUGGCGGUCAGAUAGUCACAAAAGGCAUUCCUCCGUACAUAACUCUACCAAGUUUAAAAAUUCGUACCCUUCUCACCAUUGGAAGGAAUCUCGGUUACUCGAUGUCAAUGGGCUGAAUCUGGUAAACGAAGAAGCCAAGCCAGUUCUAAAGCCAACACUUUCUAUUGGACAAAUAUUGAGUAGAAAGUUGAUGAUGCCAGAAGAGUAUGAAGCUGGAGCGAUGCUUAGAGAAAGAAGCUCAGUGAAACGGAAGGUGUCUCUUGGUCAGAUGCUAGGCAAACAAAAUACAGAUCCAUCCUUUGACAGGGAAGUUGAGAGGGAAAAUGGUCAGAAGCCAUUUUCUGCAAAGAGAAAGAAAUUUGGAUUUGGUCGAUUCUCCCUUCUUUUGACGAAACAACAAAAGAAGAAGAAGAAGAAGCCAACACUGAACUUGAGGUGA